UUCCGUUGGCCCAAGUUGAAAGUCCGAAACGCCAUAAAAAAUUAAGCGCUAAUAAUACUGAAAUAUCCUGAAAUCCUUGUCAAUCAUGGGCGCUGGCCAGUCCAAAGCGGACACAGAAGAAAAGGUCUUUUACAAUGAGACGCCCAUACAGGAUGUCGUGAACCACCUUUCAGAUCUUUCAAUGUCACCCGACACCUCGCCAGAACGGCAAUCUACACUUGAUGCCCACGUCCGUUCUCGCAUACAAGCGGAGCUGCAGCAUCUACAAGCGGAAGAGCAAAGUGUACAGAAGGAAAUUGAACUCGCUCUUGAAAGGGAGAACAUUGACCGGGAGAAGUCCUUGGCAGGCGGAGAAGUCGCCGAGGGCGAUAUCAAGAAUAGCACGAUGUUGAUGGGGGAUCUUGAAGAGAUUCGUACUAAGGUGGACAGGUUCCAGGCCAGGAGGCAGCUUAGGGAUUAUCCUGCGGUCAAGGAAAGCGGUGAAGCAGUAGUAUUAUGCUAUAGGCAAAAUCCUACUGCGCCCCUGGACUGCUGGCGAGAAGUACGGGAAUUUAACGCUAGUGUAGCUCAAGCGGAAUCGCAACAUCUCGCUUCUCUUCGGUAGGGACUGUCAAGAGCCAAGACCCAGGACACUUAUAGCACGGUCCAUGAGAUAUUUCA